UCAUGCUGUUGCAUUGUCGAGCCGCAGGAAGUGCUUUGUCGAAGUGAGUAUCUUUGUUCCAUGACCCUCCGUCCCCUUGCAAAAUGUCUGGCUUUUCCGCGUUACGACUUGUCCUGAUCAACAGAUUGACCACAGUCGUUACGGUUCGUUCGUUUCUUUUGAUUCUGCUUUCAGCAUGCGUUCCUACGGGCAGGUCCUUUCUGCGGCUACGGCGCUGACUCUGGUAGUCAACGCCACUCCGAUUGCUCACAAUACCACCUUACGGGCGCGAGAUGAGACCUUCAAGCUCUUCGUCUAUAACAACUGUCCCUUCGUCAAAGAAGUCUCAACCUACACAGUCACCGCCGACUUUCAGAUGGUCUUGAUGUCCCCACCCACCAACAUUCAACCCCACGGCGGCGAGCUGGUAAUCUCCACGCCUUUCCACGCCACCGGCAUGCGCUUGACUGGCCACGCCGAGUGGACUAACCAAUGGGCGCCAACGCUUCUGUUCGAGUAUGGCUACUCUGCAUACAUGGGUGUCGAGGGAACUGCGUACGAUAUCUCCAUGAUGGCGGGCAGUGAUCCCGAUAUUGGUAUGGGUGUCUGGCCCAUUGAGAACGGGCAAGGGAGUGGAAGCUGCGCGCAAAAGAUUGCGUGGCCGUGGAACGCUCCGUUGGGGCAGGCCUGGACAAAUCCGGAUCAGGAUCGGGAUGGGAGUCCGGCUGAUACGGUUUGUUAUAAAGGGAAGACUGAUUUCAAGGUUGUUUACUGCCCGUAACGCAGCUUGCCAGACGCCGCUUGUGUCUGUCUCUUGAGAUAUGGAAAUACGGACUUCAUAGAGUGAAUAGACGCUGUCAGCUGUGAUACAACAUUGCGCGUUUAUGUAGUUAUGUGCCGAGCGUCUGGGGUAGUACUCUCAUGAUGUUACAAAUGACUAACGUGAUGCGGCUGUUGCAACGUUGUAGGUCCGCCAACUUCUCGCCUAGGGU